UGUGUAUAAUAAUCGAUAUGAUGCAAGUAAACGUUGUCUGUAUGUGCACCAGUGCUUCUUUCACUGGAUUUGUUUUCUCUCUCCAAAAUUUAAUGUAAUAAGGACUGACAAAAACUAUAUAUUUCGUUAUGUAAUGUGAUGGAAGUGUGUCGAGGUGUGUUGAAGUUCUACCAGGUAGGGAUUGAAUGUAAUAUCACUAUUGGACACAUAUUGCUUUAAGUACAAUGAAUUUCGACCAUCGGAAUAAUCAAAGCACCCACAGCGAUGUAAAGGAUGUGUAUAUGUCGUGAUAAUUAUUGAUGCGAUCUACUUUCCAUAUAAUUAUGUCUCAUGAUUUGAUAAAGCGCUAUAAAUUAGAAUCCAUAAAGCAAAGCAUGCUCAAAUCAAGGUUGGGUUUGACAUGUCAUGAUAAGCGCACAAAGGCUGAACGAUUACAUUACAUUGAGAAAUUUGGCACAGAAAUAUCCUCAAUAUAAGCUAAUGGUUUUUGAAUUGAAUAUCGGCGGUGAAAGGGAGAGUUUCGAGAACAUUGAAACAUUAUCUGAAUACGUAAGUGAUAUUUUAGACAACGUCGGUUAUGGAAAGUAUAUUGUUGAUCUUCGUCGAAAUUUUUGGAGAGAAUUGGACAAUAAAAGGACAGACAAAUUUAAAAAAGACACGAGGAUUACCACAGGAAGCAAGGGAGAAGGCUUCUCGGUGACGUAUGAAAGUGAUACGGACAGGUUAUAUGUUUACAAGUACGCCAUUUGUAGACUUCCCUGCGAUAAAAAACACGAUACAAAAUACUUUUCAGAGUUUAUCUUGCAACAAGUGAGUGCAGGUUAUUAUAAACUGAAACUUGGAGCAUUUUCAACAGAGGUACAGCCGUUGCAUAGAAUUGAAAAAGCGCUUGUUGAUAGUAAUGGGGAAAAAUUUAUAUCUAAUAAACUCUAUACUACAGGAUUGAUGUCAGACGCUAAAAGUAUUUUGUCAGGGCCAGCGGCAUCGGAGAGUUACGAAUAUUUGAGCUGGGAUUAUGUCAACGCAUUCCGCUGUACAAGUCAACAAAAUAUUCUUUUAAAAUGGACCCUGAGGGAUCGACCACAUGGAUGGCCUUCACAAAGUCUGAUUCAAGGGAUUAAUGAUCAGGAAGCACAAAUGGUUCCAGUUGGAUUUAAGGUUAGCAAAGAAAAAGACAUUGAGUGGCGAGUGUGCUUCGUCCAGGGAGAGCAAAAACUAACGGACAGUUGGAAUGAAUUUCAGUAUAAGGUCUACAUUUUGUUAAAACAGAUCAAAACCUGUUUCUUUAAGCCUAUUUGCGAUGAAAUAUCUUCUUUUAUUCUGAAAAAUGUUACUUUUUGGUAUGUUGAGCAAAACUCAAUUGACAAAUUUUCAAAGCAAAAUCUACUAACAAAUGUGUUUGCAUGUUUGGCAAAGUUGAAAGAUGCAAUUAUACAAAAACACUUGCCGUAUUAUUUCAUAAGUGAGCGGAACCUUUUGCAAGAAAGGGUAGCGGAUCCAGAACAGCAACAACUGACUGAUCAGCUGGACGACCUUAUAGAGCACCCAAUGCAGAUAUUCAAAUGUCCAAAACUGCAAUCAGCUUUGACAGUUACCCGGAGUGAGUUAGCAGAAAAAGGUCGAUGGAGAGAUAAUCUCGAGGAACUGUAUCUGAAGAGCGCCAAUAUUUGGAGGAAAGACAUUCCUUAUGACAAAGAGAAAGAAGCUACACGUGAACUGAUGGAAGACAUUUGUCUUUAUAGUGUUUGUGAUGAAAUUCGUGAUAUGGUCUGGCCAGCUUGGCGCGAGUACCAUGGAAAAGAUAGAUACGAAGAACUAGCCCGGCGUGUGAUGAAAGAACUGUCAUGAUUUCAAUUGACUUGCACGACUUCCAAACCAAAAAUAAACAUGAUAAAUGUUACAACAAACACGCUCUGGUGUCAAAUAUAGUUUAUUCAAAUAAAACCUACCUUUUAUAGUUGGAGAUGAGGAAUGAUUCGGAUCUUAUCACGUACAUGUUAAUAUUUAAAAAUGACAUGAUAUGUCAUAUUUUAUGAUUAUUUAAAAUGCAUUAAAGAAUGGUAUGUGAUAAAAAAAAAUAAAGAUGCACUCUUACUCUCAGAUAAGAUUUACCAUCUUUAAAGUUAUUGAAUUGUUUUAAUAUUCCGAAAAGAAUGAACAAAUGUCAAGUUUCAAGUUUCAAGUUUAUUCAGUAAACUCAUGUCAUACAUGCAUGACAAAAUGAGAAUUGCAAUGAACAUAUUAUACAGUUACACAUAAAGAGGCUUUGAAAAAUGAACUUCAAUCAUAAUAAUAAUUAACAUCAUGGUAUAAAGAGGAGUACAUUAUAUUCUAUAAUUGACUUUUUUAAUGAUACAUUUCAUAAAUUUACACAACUUUGAAAACAUAAAACAAAUGUGUUUGCAUGUUUGGCAAAGUUGAAAGAUGCAAUUAUACAAAAACACUUGCCGUAUUAUUUCAUAAGUGAGCGGAACCUUUUGCAAGAAAGGAUAGCGGAUCCAGAACAGCAACAACUGACUGAUCAGCUGGACGACCUUAUAGAGCACCCAAUGCAGAUAUUCAAAUGUCCAAAACUGCAAUCAGCUUUGACAGUUACCCGGAGUGAGUUAGCAGAAAAAGGUCGAUGGAGAUAUAAUCUCGAGGAACUGUAUCUGAAGCGCGCCAAUAUUUGGAGGAAAGACAUUCCUUAUGACAAAGAGAAAGAAGCUACACGUGAACUGAUGGAAGACAUUUGUCUUUAUAGUGUUUGUGAUGAAAUUCGUGAUAUGGUCUGGCCAGCUUGGCGCGAGUACGAUGGAAAAGAUAGAUACGAAGAACUAGCCCGGCGUGUGAUGAAAGAACUGUCAUGAUUUCAAUUGACUUGCACGACUUCCAAACCAAAAAUAAACAUGAUAGAUGUUACAACAAACACGCUCUGGUGUCAACUAUAGUUUAUUCAAAUAAAACCUACCUUUUACAGUUGGAGAUGAGGAAUGAUUCGGAUCUCAUCACGUACAUGUUAAUAUUUAAAAAUGACAUGAUAUGUCAUAUUUUAUGAUUAUUUAAAAUGCAUUAAAGAAUGGUAUGUGAUAAAAAAAAAAAUAAAGAUGCACUCUUACUCUCACAUAAGAUUUACCAUCUUUAAAGUUA